AGGAUAGGCGUUUACGCCAGGUUUCCAGCGACUCAGUUACUUUCGCUUUGUUUUCCGAGAAACUGAGUGACAUUCCCAAUCACAGCUCCAAACCACGUAUUCAGUGAUAACAGUUGUCACAUACACGUAUAUAUCACUGUGAGGAGCCAACAACGUGUCAGCUCUUUUCUACAUAUCUGCCAUCGUGCUGCUGUUGUCCUGCUGUCCACGAUGUCUGACCGACGCUAUGGCUACUUCCGCUGUUCUAAGUGUAACGCCCACUGGGAGAGUUCCCAUGUUUACUGCCACGGUUUCAAGGCUGUGUACAAACAGGACUGCAAGUCGUGUAAAAUAGGCUGCCUCCCAUAUCGGGUAGAGAAGAUGAUCUGUUCCGUGUGCGGUAGUAAAGAUUGCACAUGCACCAGUGAAGACCGGAAAAAUAGGAAUAUUGAUCUCAACAAACCUCACAGGUCUGACCUGUGUCACAAGUGCAGGUCUGGGCGACCGUGCAGAUACUGAGGUUGCAGCAUUGCACUGAAAGUUGACUGCCUACAGCACCAGACAUUAAGGAUUGCCUAUCUCUCCAUAGAUAGAUGGUAAUAAUGAUGAUGAUGAUGACGAAAAUUCUUUGGUAAUUGAAAUGUCUGACAAAACCUAAACACUAUCCUCCAGCUUGUGAGUUUUUAUGGGUUUCUUUAGAUGUUUGUAAGUGCACAGUAAAUAUAACAAUUACCUUUGUCUAAUUUGCUUUUAAUCCGUACGACACUUGGUUUUUGUAACGAAUUUACCCAAUGAAAUGAUUGAAUUAUAUUAUAAAACUGCAGGGCAAACACAAAAUGAUAUUUACUUUGGCAGGUUACCAGACAAUUGAGCUCUGUUCAACAGAUUUAUUUUUAAAAGUUGCGUCAUUUGUUUGAGAACCGCACCGUGACGUUCAUGGAAGUCGUUUUAGUAUGUGUGUAUUAUUGUAAACAAGAGGCCAUAUACAUCCAUACUAUUCAAAAUCACUCCACUGAAAGACAUCAAGGGAAAUCCUACUUCUAGUUUCGUUCUCCAUCUGUUAGUCACACAUAAUCUGUAUAUGGGUGUAAACAAACUCCAUAUUUGGCAUGUAACAGAUCAAUAUCAUUCCUUGAAUACGACACUCAGACAUGGGCAGUUUGCCAGGGUGUCUUGUAAAGGGAGAUAACCAUGGUUGCUGUUGUUCAGGUGGGCGUAAAUGGACCUUAGUUCUAAAAAUACCACGUACCUGCAUACUGAUGUCAUAUCUAUCCAUGCAGUUUAUAUAAAUAAAACAUUUCAUUGCCAUGAUU